UAGACUCUGUAUAACUCUAUAAUGUACUUUCGGUUUCCCGGCCAGUUUCGUUUCUCUGUAAUAAAACCUCGGCUACCGCGCUACGCUACACUGCGCUCCAGCACUGCUCCUGUAAUGGCACACAGGAACAUACUCCGUUGGGCACACUGGCAUUCCCGAGUAUUUUGGGUGGAAUUUGACCUGAAGACAGAACCACUUUAUUUCGCCUUGAGCUUAAAGCCAACAGAUGUUGGUGAUGAGCAGCUCUCGGCACUGUCCAGAGCGUUCGGGAGUGGGAAACUCUAUUCGCUGCAUGUGAACUGCGAUGACAGAAUUCAGAGAGCGAAAUCUUACGCGAAUCUAAAAAAGGAGCUCUGCAGAGAUCUGCCUCCCGGAUGCGAUGUGGUGGAAAUGGCUUCUUUCCUCCCCGAGGUGAAAAACUCAGUUGUACGGGGUUUUUUCCUGCGGGACAACUCCGUGGCCUCUUUGGCCGAGCGAAUCUCGCACCAGGUGCGUCAGACCGGCGCGGCGCGCGCGUUCUCGUAUGAGCGAGACGAGCACGGGCGUUACUCGUGCCAGGAGCUGUGGUCCGCGCGCGCGGAGGAGGCCAGGGCGCGGUAUUACGUCAUCCCCGCAGCAUCGCCCGAGCGCCAUCCGUCAGAACUGGACAUCAUGAACUCGGACGUGUUCUAUCGGAUGGAGGAGGCCCGCAGAGUUCUUGAAGAGUGCAGUGAUACGAUCCCAGAGUCAAAGGCAGUGCUGGAGAUUGUGGAUCACCAGCUAGAGGCCUGCAGAUAUGAAUAAGGCUUUCCCAUCAUUGUGCUCGAGGGACUGGAUGCUACAGGAAAAACCACUCUCACCGAAAGCCUGCACAAGGCCCUGGGUGCCUCUCUACUGAAGUCCCCUCCACAGUGCCUGGCCCCCUUCCGGGAGCGCUUCGACUCAGAACCCCCGCUCAUCCGCCGGGCGUUCUACGCUCUGGGGAACUACCUCACGGCCGCUCAGAUAAGGGAAGAGUCGUCACGGGCUCCCGUGAUCGUGGACAGGUACUGGCACAGCACGGCGGCAUACGCGAUAGCCACUGCAGUGAGUGGGAGGGUGGAGAACCUGCCGCUGGUGGGCUCCGAGAUCUACGCGUGGCCCGCUGACCUGCUCCAGCCCAGCCUGGUCGUCCUCCUCACCGUCAACCCCCAGGAACGCCUGCGGAGGCUCCGGCACAGGGGCCUGGAGAAGACGGAGGAGGAGACCCAACUGGAAAUCAAUCAACUCUUCCGCCAGAAAGUCGACGAAGCCUACAGGCGGAUCCUGAACCCCGCCUGCGUGGUCGUGGACGCCAGCCCCGCCCCGGACCGAGUGCUGCACCAUGUGCUGUCUUUGAUAAGAAGCAAAUGCGGCCUGUAAACACUGGCUUCUAUCAGCGGCUUCUCACGAAAGCCACAGUACCUUCCAGCUUCACUAGAUGGUAGUGUCACGUUAUAAAUGUCCCCUCCAGACAAAUAGGGUGCCCCGCUGAAAAACGUCCCAGGUCUUUGAGUGCAUCGACUGCACAGGAGGCUGGUGGCCAAGGGCCAGCUCGUAUCAAAAGCCAUAUCUGGACAUGUCACAACCUGUUCUAUUCCUACCGAGCACCACUGAUGACAUGAGAGGGGAAGUUAUUAUGAACGCUGGGACUAGAUGUCAACUCCCAUAUACCAGGUUACAACCUUGUGAGUUCCAUUCGUACUGUGUUAUGUUACCCACAUCCCUGCCCCCCCC